CACUCCCGCCAAUUUAUCUUCUUCUUCAAGACUUUGACGACCGUCUUGGUUCACCAACAUGGCCGAAAACAACGUCCCCGAGCCCUUCCGCAUUACUUUGACCAGCGGGAGAUUCAUGGUCUACGAUGUCCAGACCAUCGCACACAUCCAGCGCAAGCACGGCAUUGACGGCGCAUCGCAAGCUCUUGAGCAAUACAACCCUCUGGAAUUGAGAUCCGAGGACGCUGCAUUGCUGGUCAACAAGGGUGCUGCCCACAUUGUCAACGACGACUCCAGCAAGCCACCCAAAUCGCCACAAAACGCUCCGAGGUCACCGAACGGCAUGCCCAAGAUCGCCACAGCCAGCGACAACACACAAGACAACUGGAACGACAUCCCUGAAGACAUGUUCGCCUCUCGUGGCAGAAGUAACAAGGCCAAGAAGCCUCGCGCACGCCUUGGAGUCUCGCCUGUGCCUUCUACUGCGCCAGGAAGCCGUACCGCUAGUGCCGCUGGCCUUCACACUGGUCCACCUCCCUUGAGGUCCACUGCUUCGCAACCGUUUCUACGCCCUCCUCCUCCGCCUUCACGACCGACUUAUUCUUGAGCUUCUUUCGACUACAGACAUUGCUCAUCUCAAUGCCAACAUGGUCACGACCAAACAUCAUCAUUUGAUUGCGCUACCUAUCUCUGGCUUGGAUGCAUCGGACCCGACAUGGUCGCUCGGAUACACAGGCUGUCUAUUUGCUCAAGACAUGCUGGGGAUAGACUUUACGAAGCUUUCGUUACCCUACAAUAUUUUAAUCUUAAUACCAGCCCUCUCUUCAUGAUGGUCGUCAAUCAUUAGUGCAUCAAUUUGUGAGCGAACGCGCGAUGCAUGUUGGUCGCACUUCAUCCACUACAUGUC